AUGAAUUUGUCUCUCUUAUUAGUGGGUGGUUUUUUCGUUGUCGUCGUCGUCGCUCCUCCUCCUCAAAGAGUUCACGUGGAGCAACAGGCAACCCAUAACCAACAGGAACCACCUAAAGCUGAUCCCAAUCAACAUGCCGGUCCUCAAGAUGACGGGCAAAAGCCGAUGUAUGAGUUUGCCUAUUCGAAAUACCUAGAAGAGGUUGUGAAAAUUCUCGAGAGCGAACCGAAGUUUUCGGAAAAGCUCCGUGGAAUGCCUGAGGCGGAUAUCAAGGCGGGCAAGAUUGCUGAUCAUAUUGACGACCUCGAUAGUCAUGUGUUUGACAAGCUGACAAAAGCAAAGCUUGAUGAGCUUGAACGCUUGAGGGAACAGAUUCAGAAACAGAUCGAGGCUGACGGUGGUGCUCACAACGUGAAGAUUCCUGAUCAUUUGGAUGCAACCAACUGGGAAAAGUUUGGUAAAGAAGAUUUGAGGAAACUUAUUCGCCGCACGGUGGAAGACAUGGACACCAUUGAUCGUGAGCGACAAAAGAAAUUUAAAGAGUACGAAAUGCGAAAGAAGGCUGAAGAAGAUCAUAAACUUGCCCAAAUGAAUGAAGAGGAACGGCUAAGAGCCCAACAUGAGGCUGAGGAGGCGAAAAAACGACACAAUGAGCAUGAGAAAUUGAAACAUCCUGGAAGCCGCGACCAACUCGAGGAGGUCUGGGAGGAUACUGAUCAUAUGGAUAAGGACAAUUUUGAUCCUCGAACAUUCUUCGCUCUUCACGAUCUCAAUGGGGAUGGGUUCUGGAACGCCGACGAAUUAGAAGCUCUUUUCCAAAAGGAACUCGAGAAAGUCUACAACGAAACUGAUCCUGAUGAUGAUCCACGAGAACGCAUGGAAGAAAUGUAUCGAAUGCGUGAACAUGUGACCAAACAAAUGGAUAAGAACGGCGAUCGCCUGAUUUCUCUGGAUGAGUUCCUUCAGGACACGGAAGCGCAAACGCCCAACAAGGACCCUGGAUGGAAGGAUCUUGGUGAUCAACAGGUAUACACCGAUGAGGAGCUAAAGGAAUUCGAGAGGGCUUAUGCUAAAGACCAAGGGUGGGGAGAGCAUGCAUAUGACAUAACCACUCCAGCUCCUCCGACAACUGUUCCACAAGCUCAGCCAAUACAUCAGCAACCACAACAGCAUGCUCAACAACCGGUGCAUACUGGAGGGCAGGCGCAACAGCAGGCUGCUGUACCCAAUGCACAGCCUGUCUACCAACAGCAAGCGCAGCCUGUUCCUCAACAACAACAGGUUCCAAUCAAGCACGAGCCUAUAGUCGAAAAACCGAAGGACCCAGCUUAUGGCAUUUAA